UCCCAUAACGUUCCUAUGUAUUUAAUAAGAGGAUAACUCAUUUUCUGAGAUCCAUUUUUAAUAAUACUGUUCAGAAAGCUCCAUAUUUCCUUCAUAUUGCCUGUUUGUUUCUAAUAGUGUCCUAUAGUACUCCUUCUUUCUUGCCCUCAACAUGUUAGUUCACUUAUUUUUAUACUUCUUAUAUUUAUUUUCUGACUUUUGAGUUUUAUAUGUUAUGAAGUCUCAUUUAUUAAACCCUUAGUUAGCCAUGGACAUUCAGCAUGUUUUAUUUGUUUAGUAUAUUGUUUUAUUGGACAGUUUAUAUUAUAUAAUGACCUGAACUGUUGAAUUUACAUUCAGACAAACAUCAGACGCAGCUGGAAUCAAGUUUCACUUUGAAAAACAUUCUCAUCUAAAGGUCCACUUACUCUGUAUGUCCAAAGCUUUCAGUCACAUCUCAUGGUCUUCCUCAGUGAUGGAGGGUCUCAGUUGUCAUGGAGAUGGUUUAAGUUUGAAUGGUUUCAGUAAAGUAGUUAAUAAAUCAACAGAUGAUAAACUGCAGCUGUAUUGUGUCUCGUUCUCUCCAUCAGAUGCCUGUGAACUGGAACUGGAUCCAAACACAAUGAACACAAACCUCAAACUGUCUGAUAACAACAGGAAGGUGACACAUGAGGGGUAUCAGUCAUAUCCUGAUCAUCCAGACAGAUUUGACUACUAUCUUCAGCUGCUGUGUAGAAAUGUUCUGACUGGUCGAUGUUACUGGGAGGUCGAGUGGAGAGGAGACGUUGAAAUAUCAGUGAGUUACAGAAAAAUCAGAAGGAAAGGAACCAGUGCUGACUGUUUGUUUGGAAGGAAUGAUCAGUCCUGGAGUCUGGACUGCUCUGAUGAUGGUUACUCUGUCUGUCACAAUAAGAUAAAAACACCCAUCUCCUCCUCCUCCUCCUCCUCCUCCUCCUCCUCCUCCUCCUCCUCUGUCUCUAACAGAGUAGCAGUGUAUGUGGACUGUCCUGCUGGCACUCUGUCCUUCUACAGAGUCUCCUCUGACUCACUGAUCCACCUCCACACCUUCAACACCACAUUCACUGAUCCUCUGUGUGCUGGGUUUAUGGUCUGCUCUGGUUCCUCAGUGUCUCUGUAG